UACUCUCCCUAUUCACACCCGGGUAUUGUAAACCGCUUUGAAGUUGAACGUUCUGCGAACGCGGUCUCUUUGUGCGGAUCGCCGGCCCUUGUUUUUCAAGCUAACCCAAAAACAAAUAAAAAAUUCGUCCUUUUUUGCAGCACCUUGUAUUCUAGAGAGAGAAACAAAAAAAGGGGGAGAAUAUCUAUCAGCCUAACAUAUUCACUGUUGGCACAUAUCUUUCUCUGGACUUCUCUUUGAUCUUCCGGAAAUACUUUGGAUUGGAUUCCUACCUCAAUCAGGAUAAAACCUCAGCUACUGUAUUUUUUUGUUUCCUAAAUAUUUUCCCCGCUAUAGCACAUUGAUCGACUAGAAAUGUUUAUUGAUUUUCCCGGAAAAUUAUGGUUCUAAAGAAAAUUCAAACUUUUCACGUUUGAUUUCUGGUGACCUGCUACGAUCUUAUUGAUCUUUAUCUUUUCUUUGUGACGUAGUUUAUUUGUUCAUCCGAUAUCAAAACUACCCAUCAAUUUUUAUGGGUCAAAACUGAUUGAAAUCCAAUGCUUUUGGCCUUUUUCUUGGUUGUUUCCUAUCAGAAUUGUGUCGGAACCAUAUUUUGAUUUCUGCGUAUCAUUCAAAUCCCAUUAACAUUGAGUUCUGACUUCUGCGUAUUGAGUAGGGUUAAAUUUCAGAUCUCGGUUCCUGUUAUAAUCCGAUUUACCGGAGGAUUCAAUCUAAAGUUGUGGAAAUGAGUUUUGUAACUCUUGAUAAGUGGAGGGACUAUUUCCGGACUGCGAAUUCGGAUAUAUUUGAUAUAAUUGAACAUGCUAUUAUGGUGGCAGUCUCAGAUUGUCCCCAGGAGUUCAGAUUGAGAAGAGAUCGAAUUGCUGAGAAGUUGUUUGCUUGUAAAUUGACCAAGUGUUCAGGGUGCGAUCGGGUGGAGUUGGCAGAGCCUUGUGAUGAUAAGGAUGAGGGAUGUAAGAGUGGGUUGAAUAGAGAUGGGUGUGAAUUUGAGGCUGGUCGUAAUAAGGAGAGCAAGGUGGAUAGUACUAUAUAUGAUCAUGAUCAGGAUCAUGGAGAAAUGAAUAUGAACCAAGUUAGCAAUUACAGCUUUGGAGAAGCAGAGGCAUUGACUGACCAGAUUGAAGAAGAAAGUCAGAUUGUUGGGGAGGUCUUGAGGAUCAAAGAGAUAUUUGAUAACAAUCAAGAUGAGUCUGAUCAAAUCUUAUUUGAUUCACUGAGGAGGCUUCAACUGAUGGCUCUGUCUGUUGAAACUCUAAAGGCUACGGAGAUUGGCAAAGCUGUUAAUGUUCUCCAAAAGCAUGGAUCAAAGCAGAUUAGGCAUCUUGCACGAACACUGAUUGAGGGGUGGAAAGUUAUGGUAGAUGAGUGGUUGGAUGCUACAGCAGCAGUUGCAGAAGGAACACCAGAGUCUCUGAACCCGUCAACUGUUGAUGAAGAGGAGGGGCUACCUUUUCCUCCACUGGAUGAAGCAGUCUUUUUUGCUACUCAGACUACUUCAAUAGAGCUCUCUCAGUUCUUUGAUGGCAUGGAUGAUGAUGGAAAUCCUCGAAACAGUGGGGAAUUCAACAAGAACCACGAAUAUGGUAGAAAGCCAUCACGAGAGAACCAAAAUAUUGCCAAGCAUAAUCCACAGUUCUCCCAUGAGGUUCCUCCCAAGGACAAGAAGUGUGAGCAGGAUAAGAAGAGUGCACAAAUAAAGAAACAAGAAGCUGUGAUGAAGAAUCAAGCAACUGUUAUGAAACCAAAUAAGUCUGCCAGUGCUGCAUCCAGGCCAGGUAGACCUACAAAACUGAGUGUGGAAGAAAGGUUUAAUGACGAGACCAAAUUACUUAAAAAAUCAGACCAAGUCACAAUCCCGAAGAGGAUGUCGGAUUCUCAACAGGAUAAAUCAAGGUGUUCAGAUGAGCGCGAUGUAAAGCUUGAAGCUGCGAAAAGGAAGCUCCAUCAGAGCUACCAACAAGUUGCGAAUGCCAAGAGGCAACGAACAAUUCAGGUUAUGGAGUUGCAUGAUCUCCCCAAGCAGGGCCUUGGCCCUAAUCCACAGAUGAAACCUGGCAAUCAUAACAAGCAUUGGGCAGUUGGACGUCGGUAGCUUCUCUACUCUUGCAUACUUGGUUUCAGUAACCUUUGAGGUUUCUUCCAUUUUGCAAGUAAAGGUAGUGGAAGAACACUAUAACACUUCGGCGUACCCUGGCUUGACCCUUCUGUUGAUCUCUCUGCAGAGUGCUACUCUGAAAGUGGGAGUAGCAUGCUUUCAGAAAUCUUUUUGAAUUUAGAGUUCAUAGAGGUAUAUAAUUUUUACUAAAACCGGGAGCCGGGAUAGCUUAUGCAGCUUGAAUUCUCGCUCGUUGUAAAUGACCCUAUUUUGUAUUCGCCCAUUCUCAAACAUUUCCCCCCGGUCAGUUUAAUAUUUAUAGAUUGGUUAACAUGUAUAAUUUGCACAUAAACUAGUGCAUUUUCAUGAUAUGAUACUCUUGUAAAACAGUUUAACAUGAAUGGAAUGGAAUACAAAAUCCUUUUGCAGAAAUCUUGAACUCAGC